AUGUCUUCUUCGCAAACAACCGCCGCGAAUGGUGUCAAUGGCAAAACACGGUCCGCGCCGGUCAGUACCCGAUUUACUGACAUCCCUUCCGCUAUCGACAUCCCCGUGCAAGGUGAUCAGGAAGAUGAGGCUGUCGAAAUUGACCUUGAGGACCUCGUCGAUGACCCUACCGAACUCUGUACCCUCUUCGAAAACGAACGCGCUGCCAAAACUUACUGGAUGACCGUCGCUCUAGCUUAUGCUAAGCAACACAAGAUCGAUCAUGCCAUCGAGAUGCUCCAGCGAGGCGGCAGCGCCAUUCAAAGCAACAGUUCCAACCCGCGCGAUAAAGUCAGCAUGAUCUGUUGUCUAUGUUGGAUGUAUCUAUGGAAGAGCAGAGAGGCCCCUCGUGUCGCACCUGAGGGCACCUCCGUGUCCGAGGCCAAGACAAAGGAGUAUUAUCUUCAGCUCGCGACAUCCUCCCUUAACGAUGCUGCUCGACUCAACCCAUCGUUUCCUCCUAUCUUUCUCGCCCGUGGUGUUCUCCUCCUCCUGCGAGCCUCUUUGCAGGCACCGUCUAAAACUGCUGGAGGCAUUGGUUCCGAGAAGCACGAGCUCCUUAAGACUGCUGUAAAGUCCUUUGACGAUGCCCUGCGAGUCUCCCAAGGGAAAAACAUGCUUGCACUGAUGGGAAAAGCUCGUGCUUUGUUUUCAAUGCACAAAUACCCCGAGUCGCUCGCAAUCUACCAGGAUGUUCUGCAAAAGAUGCCCGACUUGGUUGAUCCAGAUCCCCGAAUUGGUAUUGGCAGCUGUUUCUGGCAGCUUGGCUUUAAGGACGACGCUAAGAUGGCCUGGGAGAGGUGUAUCGAGAUCAACCCUGAUUCAAAGGUUGCCAACAUUCUGCUCGGCCUUUACUACUUGGAUGCGAGCGGUCACGUACCAGUGAACAGCGACGAAUUCCUGAAGCUCUACAAGAAGGCUAUGACUGAAUACACGCAAAAGUCUUUCAAGCUUGACAAAGACCUCCCCCUUACCUGCUCGACUUUUGCCGGUUACUUCAUGUCUCGAAAAUCAUGGGACAAUGCCGCCAAGCUGGCGCACAAAGCUAUCCAGUAUACAGACGUCAAUGCCAUUGCCAGUGAUGGUUGGUAUAUGCUUGCGAGAAAAGAGCAUUAUGAAGGUGAUACGGAACGUGCGACCGAUUAUUAUCGUCGUGCUGAUGAAGCUCGCGGAGGCACUGAGACAGGCUACCUUCCUGCUAAGUUCGGUGUUGCCCAGCUUUCAGUUUUGAAAAAUGACUUGGGAGAAGCUAAGCUUCGCCUGGAAAAGAUGAUUCAACAAUCCAAGAGUCAUGAGGCCAUGAUUCUCCUGGGCACGCUGUACGCCGAGGAAGUCUUUGCUAACCAGGUCAGCGACAGCAAGGAGGACAAGUCUGCUGAACUCAAGAAAGCCACCACUCUUCUUGAGGGCGUACGAAAUGCUUGGAAGGACCCGAAGAAGACAUUAUCGCCAGAUGCCUCAGUUCUCCUCAACUUGGCACGCCUGUAUGAGACAGAUCAUCCUGAGAAGGCUCUACAAUGUUUGCAACAAGUUGAGCAGCUGGAAUUGGACCAGGUCCCGGCAUCCGAACGACCCGAGGACGUUACUGACGAGGCCGAGAUCAAGGCUACGCUUCGCAAGUCGCUGCCACCUCAAUUAUUAAACAACAUUGGCUGCUUCCACUCACAAGCUGAGAAACAUGAGCUUGCGAGCGACCUGUUCGAGGCCGCGCUGGGCGCUUGCAUGAAGAUUGGCGAGAAGGACCCUGAGAUGGACACAGAUGCCCUGGUAUCCACAAUCAGCUUCAACUUGGCUCGAAGCUAUGAAUCUAGAGGUCUCACUGAUAAGGCUGUAGAGGUGUACGAAAGUCUCUUGGCCCGCCACGACGAUUACACGGAUGCUCGCGCCAGACUUGCUUAUAUCAAACUUAGGAAGAACCCGAACAAGGAAGGACCCGACGCCGUCGCCAAAUUGUACCAGGAGAACAACACCGACUUGGAAGUUCGAGCCUUGUACGGCUGGUAUUUGGGCCGAGUUGGCUCAAGGAAACGCCCGGCCAACCUUGGCGAGGAUAAUGAGUUCCGUCAUUUCAAGCAUACCCUCCAAAACUAUGACAAACACGAUAGACACGCUCUGGUGGGUAUGGGUAACCUGUAUCUCAUGCAGGCACGAGAGAUGCGUCGCGAGUCGGACUCGGAAAAACAAAAACGAAGUGCAACCUACGGUAAAGCCGUUGAGUUUUUUGACAAGGCUCUGUCACUUGAUCCAAAGAACGCCUAUGCUGCGCAGGGUGUGGCCAUUGCUCUUGUUGAGGAUAAGAAGGAUUACAAGUCGGCACUGGGUAUUUUCAACAAGGUCCGAGAAACUAUCAGGGACUCUCACCUUUAUGUUAACCUGGGACACAUAUAUGCUGAGCUCAGACAAUACUCAAAGGCUAUUGAGCACUAUGAGAUUGCGCUUUCCAAAGAUGGCAAGGCCAACGAUGCAACAAUCCUCGCUUGUUUGGGCCGAACAUGGUUAAAUCGUGGCCGCGCCGAACGUGAUAUAGAUGCACACAUCAAGGCACUUGAGUGCGCCCAGAAGGCUCUCGAGGUUGCCCCUGAACAGGUGCAUUAUAAGUUCAACGUGGCCUUUGUGCAAAUCCAGCUUGUUACAAUGGUCCAGGGAUUACCAGAGAACAAGCGGUCGACAGAGCAGCUCGAAAAGGCCGCUGAGGGUCUCGAGGCUGCUAUCACGUCCUUAGAUGAGAUCGCGGCGCAUCCCCAAACCCCUUAUCCUAAGCACGACGUCGAGCAGCGUGCGAAUAUGGCCCGUAACACCUUGCGCAAGCAGCUUGAACGAGCCAUCGGCAAGCAGAAAGAGUGGGAGGAGAAGAAUAAGGAGAAAAUACAGGCGGCCAAAGAACUACGAGAAGCUGAGCUCCGUCGCCGUGAAGAAAGUCGUCAGAAGGCUUUGGAAGCAGAACGGGAGCGACAAGAAAAGAUUAGGAAGGAACGUGAAGAGAUUGCUGCGCAGGAUAAAGCUUUGGCUGAAAAGCGCGCUGAAGAGGAACGGGCUCGCGCUGAGGCUGAAAUGACGACUGAUAGCGAGACGGGAGAGAAGAUUAAACGAAAGCGGAAGACCGCUCCAAGAGCCACAGGAGAAUUGAAGCCCAAGAGAUCGGGAGGAAAGAAGAAGAAGAGUGACCGUCAAGACGACGAGUCUGAGGAAGAAGAAGAACGUACAAAGAAGCGCCGUCGUCUGACAAAGAAGGAAUCAUCCAAGUUCAAGUCGGCCGAGAUUGUUGUUGACAGCGAUGAAGAGAACGACAACGAAGACGAUGAACUCGAGCGUGCCGAGAGAAAUAUCGACCGCGAAGAGACUCCUCUAUCUGAGGCUGAGGAGAAGGCUGUCGAGGAUGACAAGAUGGAGGUUGACGACGGAGCCAACCAGGAAGGCGAAGACGAUGACGAGGAAGAGAUCGCUCCGCGUCAACAGCACAAGCGAGCCCGUCGUGGACGUGUCGUCGAUAGUGAUGAAGAGGACAACGAGGAUGGAGAUGCUCCAGCGCGAGCAUCUGGUGAUGAGUCUCGUCCUGUGGCAGAUACCAGCAUGGCGGAUGCAGACGAAGACGAGUAA